AUGCCUCUGGAUUCAAGGAAGGCAUCCAAUGACUCCUUUGCAGGCGUCACACCUGCCCCAGUACAACUCAUUACACCGCCUGAUGAAGAGCCCUCUUGUCCGACACGGCCUGAGGUUUUAUCCAUCUCAUCCUCGUUCUUCCCAGGUUCGCAUAAUGCCGUUUCCGAUAUUAUCCUGCGAUCUUCAGACGCGGUGCUAUUUUAUGUCAACUCGCAAACUAUACUGAAAACCUCGAAAAACGCUUUCGAUAAAUUUCUUGGAUUUUCCUUGGAUGACAAGAGAUUUCGGGACACGAUCAUCGAUAUACCUGAAUCUGCGGUUGUGCUGAAUAUUAUCGUUCACACCCUCUAUGGUCUCUCUUGUGCCAAGCAUAACCCAUCGUACGAAGACAUCGAAACUGCUAUUAACAGGAUGCCGGCAUACGGGCUCAUACCCAAGUUGUAUAUUGUAUCUUCCAGCCCUUUAUUCGAUCUCCUUUUAUCUCAUGCACCCAUAUACCCAAUCCAAAUAUACUCCUUGGCAGGGCACUUUGGCAUCCACGAGCUCGCAGUGAAGUGCUCCUCACACCUUCUAUCCUACAAUCUCUCCAACCUCACCGACGAAACCUGUAAACGCAUGGGGCCCAAGUACCUUAAGCGCCUAAUGUGUCUGCAUAUGAACAUUAUAGACUCUCUCAAAACCAUCAUACUACAGCCCCCUUAUCCGCAUGGUGCAACUCGACAGUGCGACCUUGAUGAGCAAAAAAAGCUUAGCCGAGCAUGGGCGCUAGCGGCGUCAUACCUUGCUUGGGACUCGAGACCUGAUCUGUCUAUCCAUAAAGUGCAGACCACUUUCGAGGCGCUGGGAGACCAUCUCACCUGUGACGACUGCAAAGCGUCAUUGAACUCACGGAUCAAGGAGGUCGUCGUUAACUGGGUCAAAGUCAAAGAUAUCUUGGGUCCCAGGAUGUAUUGA